UGUGCAUGUGCAGGAUCUGCAGGCGUCAACGUCCCGUUGCUGAAUUGGCAAAUGAUCGAGAGCGGCGGACAUCUGAAGCCAGUGAUGUUGUGCUGAUGGAUGACCAGGGAGUGCGUAAAGACAGCAUUGAAUCUGCAGAUUAUUCUGCCCGCUACCAAACACACGAGGGCACUGUGAACACCUCCAUCAAGUAUCACAAGACUGACACACCAAGCAUGUGGGUAACGCAAGGAUCCAUGUCAUCAGGUAGCACAACCCAGCCCACACAUCUCGUAUCAUCAGCAACUGUCAUCGUCCCUACGCCCGGUCUAUCAGGCCAGACCGCCGCACAGAAACCAUCCUACAGCAAGCCUUCGCGCGACACAUUCAACCGCAGCCAUGGUCAACACGGAUCGGGUACAGCCAUGGAUCUGCAGGCGGCAUGUCAGGCGCUGGCAUCGGGAUCACCUCGCAAUGCAACCGAAAGGUUUAUGAGUGCUGCUCAGCCUCACCCACCGCCUUCAACGCCACGAAAACCUGACAACAACAGCGGACUUAACCCACAGGAAACCUACUCUCACCUGGACCGCUGCGGCUCGAAUGCCGACGGCGUUUCCGUGAGUGGCUACUUGACAGCGCGCACACCGGAGAACAAUGCGGCUGCCCCUCCAGCAGAAGCUUACGGAAGUCUUCACCUGCCAGCAGUGUAUGACGCACUGCACGACACGAACCAGAACAACUCCGUAUCUGACUCCACCUACAGCCUGUUCGGCGAAGUGAACGAUGGCGUUCGUACCCAGUCUCGUGCUGCUUCACCAAGCGUUGGAGCCAUGGCAAUGGCAGCAGCGGUGCCAGCCCAGACAGCAGGACGCCGCACUCCCAACAGGUAUGGUGACAAUACAGCUGGCCCCGCAUUGCAACCUUACGGCAGUCUACAACAGCCAGAGAGGUAUAGCGCAUUGCAGGAGAGGAACGAGGAUCAACCAGGCUAACUCUAGCCCUCAGCGUCACAGCCCGAGAUAUCAGAGUGAAGUCCCCUGCUAACGCUGCUGAACCAUCCAACCAGUGUGUUGCAUGAAGAGUGGAACCAACUUAGUAUGUAAGAUGUACACCUGGUUUGUACGCUAUUUUUCCUACGCAUGCAUUUUCCAACUAUCAGUGUAACUACAUUUUGUGCUGUCCAUUUCUUAGUUUAUGUGGACAGCAGCCCUUCUCUCUUCAUACAAUUCCUCGGGAAUCACGCAUUCUAUUGCUGAAAGUAGGUAUGUAAAACACAUGCAGAUGUUUGCUUUAAAUUUGUUCAUCCGAGAAAUGUUUCUCACGUUCAUAUCCAAUCGCUAUAUUAGGUGCUGUUUUAUCUAUGCAUGUCUGGUUUGCUUCAUUUCUAUUUAUGGCAAGCAAGGACAUUUAAGAAAGCUAUUUGAGAUUUUUGUAAAUAUUUUUGGUUCUUGUUUACUUACCUACGUAUAAUGUUAUAGGGACUGGAGACUGUCAUUAAUGAAAACCGGAAUACAUGCCUCUCUGUGCGGUGUAACCCUUCGAUUAAUUUAGAGGAGAUUAAGGAUUUCUGUUAGGCUUUCUGUUUUCAUUGAGAGAUAUGUUGGUAAGGUAUUUCAUUUGCGAGAACAGAAAGUUUCUAUUUUAUUACACAGCUAGGCUUAGUUAUCUUGGAUGUACAUCCAAAAUUCAUUGCAGUAUGGUUAUUAUGUCCAGAACUCAAAAGAUGUGUAUUAACAUUAUUAUGUACAUCAUGAUAGCUAUAUUUCAUGUCCGAUGGCGGCCUAUCUUUUCGUUUUUCCUUCAUUACCUUGGCACAUGUUAUUGGGGCUGGAUAUCAUUUUCACUAAAUUUAGAGGAGAUAAAGAUUUUCUGUUAGGCUUUCUGUUUUCAUUGAGAGAUAUGUUGAUGAGGUAUUUGAUUUGCGAGAGCAAAAAGUUUAUAUUUCAUUACACAGCUAGGAUCA